AUGGCUAAGAAAAAUAUUAAAAUCAGCAAGACAACUCUAUUAUGUGUGGCAUGGGGAGGUGGCUUCCACGUUCAUGAUAUGGGCAGCAAGAAGUGUUUAAGCGAUUUUGGGCGGCUCAUGGCACGCCGUGGGCCACACGUGGGUCCGGUCGGUGCAACUUUGGGCCUUUCCACGCCACCAGAGCUCAUCCGCAUCGAUUGA